UGCCUCUCAUUUUGCGGUGAUCUGAAAGAGGAGCUGAUCUUGCAGCUGAAUAGCAGCCAGAAAGGCUUCGAAGCUUUCCGGAGCAGCCAUGCCGAAACAUGAGUUCUUUGUAGACAUGACCUGUGAAGGAUGCUCCAAUGCUGUAACCCGUGUCCUCAACAAGCUGGGAGCGUUGCAGUUUGAUAUUGAUCUACCCAACAAGAAAGUGACUAUUGAAUCAGAGCAUACCAUUGAUACCUUGCUGGAGACACUGAAGAAAACUGGGAAAGAUGCCUCCUACCUCGGAGACAAGUAACUGCAUAGGAUGACUUGUCUAGUGGGGCUGCUGUGCUGAAGGACAGAUCAGAACUUGUUUAGAGAGAGGACCUGUGUGCAGCCUGAUGAAGCAGUCCAGCAUAACUUCAGCCAUAUAAUGCCAUCAGAUCUACAAAUCUUGUGAUUGCCACAUUACAGCCCACCUGCUGUGUACAGCAGCCCUCCAGAGACUUAAUAAGCCUUCUGUUUUUGUCUGCCAGGAACUGCAGGAUUUUUUUAGGGGGUGGAGAGUUAUCGAGCAUCUGAAAAGUCAUUUUAUAUGAUUGGUGGGUUGGAUUCAGUUUGGGGAGAGGGGCACAAGUUGUGCAAAUCUUCAAUAGAUGGUGGACCUGAAGAAUCACUUGCAAUUCAUUGGUUUGGCCUUGUAUGUUUGAUACGUAAAGCUAAUAUUCCUUCUAGAUUCAACCAGCAGGUGGUGAUCUUGUCUAAUGCUAUUUGCUCUCAUUCAUUUUUGCAGCAUCCCUAAGAUGGCUUCAGUAUGAAGACAGCUGUUUACACUUCUGUCAGUCUCCUUCCUUUGACCACAGUUGCCCUGCCAGAUGCUGGAGAAGAGAGGAAGGGUGGGAAGGCAUGAUGCUUUGUGGGGGAAGGACUAAAAUACAUUUUAACCAUAUCUGUCCAAAUCUCCUCCUACAAAUGUAGCGUUUAUGUAUUCUUCUUUUAGAGCCUUGUAAUAAAACAAGGAGCUGCUUCUAUUUUCAAGUAAA